AUGGACAUGUUUGGCUAUGGGAUGGAACCAGUGUGCUAUGGGAUCUGUUCUUUCAAAGGUGGUCUUCAGUGUCUGGCAAAGCCAGUGAGAGCUGUGUUGCAGCAGUGCUCAUUCACCCUUUAUCUCUUUUUCUCUUCGCCCCCCCUCCUUGCCAGCUGCUGGGUUUUAGAGGUUGCUGAAACCCAGAGAGCCUGCCAGCAGAAACAAGGCUGCGAGCUGACUGCCAGCACCAAAUCCUACACAUUCCAGGUGGACAAAGAAGAUGAUUCUGACCAUAUUUUGGCCCUGUCUGUGGUCUGCCUCACAGACGGUGCCAAGGAUGAGUGCAAUGUGGUGGAGGUCAUUGGGCGAAACCAUGAGAACCAGGAGAUUGCUGUGCCUGUGGCAAAUCUGAAGUUGUCAUGCCAGCCCUUGUUGAGUCUGGACAACUUUAAGCUGCAGCCUCCGGUGACCUUCCGCCUGGCAGCGGGCUCUGGCCCAGUACACCUUACUGGCUGGCACCAGAUCAUGCACAGGGAAGAUGCUUCCUUUGAGGAGGAUGAUGACUUGUCUGAGGAGGAGGAGCUUCCUCCUAUCAUGCCAGCCAAGAAGUAGAGGAGGAAGCAGUAACUUAUCUCCAUGAAAGGUACUCACCGGGACUUCUCUACCUGGACAGCUUUUACCUCGGACACCUCUUGCCAGGACCUCAACGUUUGCUGCUUUGGGUUUUUUUUGUUGGGUCUGGGGUUUUUUUGGUAACUUUUUGGGGAGCAGGGACUGGUCCCAGCGCUGGGGUGUCUCCUUUCCCACAGCCCUGGGAGGUUGAUCCCAAAACUGGAUGGAUACUGCUGGUAUAUCCCCUCUCCUCUAUCCCUGUGCUGGGAGUUGGGGAUGGAGGAGGUGAUCCUUGCCCUGUGCCUUUUUGCUGUCCUGAACCUCAGCUCUGUGCACCUGCUCUCCCUGGUUCUGAAAUACCCAGUCUUGUCCCCUUCCCCAGCAAGUGGGACAUAAAGCCUGCAGUGGGACAGGGAGUUUCACUGAUUCUAGCAUGUUUGCUUUCCUUUACUCACAUUUCUGUGUUUUUUAUGCACUUAGAAGUGUGAAACUGGGGCCUAGGCUGCAUGCUCAACUGCAGUUAUGGUAGGGUGGGAGCUCACAGCCUAUCUCUGAUUUGGGGGUAGGUUCUGGGUCAAUCUGCUCUGUAAAGAACAGUUUUACACUCUGAAUAAAGGUCUCUCAGGCAUCAGGUUUGGA